UUAGCAGAGCAGUGUCGUGUUGACUGAUGUAGAUGAUGGUGGAGAAGUCCUGUGAUGUGUGAUGCUAUAUUAUAUUUAAUUUGUUGUUUUAGUUCAACGAGAUAUGCAACAUGAAGACCCUUCUAAGGUGGCGAUGGCGUUACCAAUAGUCAGUAGUCAAAAUGAUUCAAAUGAAUUAAAACAUCAUCUAGAAAAUAGUUAUAUGGAAAUAAACAACAGCUCGACGAGAAAUAUAACUUUAUAUGACGAUGACGAGGCAAACAAUACUGAAAAGAUGAAACAAGAAGCCUUUUUGCAAUCGGAGGUCGACAAAUUUCUCAUGCCACACAAACUACAACUGCUACAGAUCAUACACACAUACAUGCGGAGUCGUCUACGAAACCGACUAUUGCUGCAGAAGAUUAGAUAUUAUCAUUCUGAGCUUCAAAAAGCUAAACUUUUGGAAAGAGAACCAUAUGUGACCAGUGAGAGCUAUAUUUCAGAAAAGACAUCGGAUGUAUUCAGAAUGAUUCCGAAUAGGUUUAAACCAUUUGAAGAAAUAACUACAGAGAAAAUUAAGGACGUCUUGCCUCGUCAAGAAAGUGGUUCUGUGAAAUUGCCCGAUUAUAUUUACGAUGGACUGGAACUGAUGUUGAAAAGAUCGAAACAGGUUUUGGCUAAAUAUUUUAACGUUACAUUGUAGAGGCAUUUGUUAUUUAUUUAAUUCAAUUCUUUAUUGUACAAAUAUUUGAAAUAAAUGUACAAAA